AUGACUGCACUUGCGCGGCGUGUGCAGCAGGCAGCGGAUUUUAUUUAUCGUGCACGUCAAGAGGAGACGCCGGACGGCAAUCCUCUCGUGGCUGCGCGCAAUUACAUUACCGCCAUGGAGAUCAUUGCCGCGGUUGCUGACGAGGUUCCGACGAAGGACGUCAAUGAACGGCGUUUUCUUUUGCAUCAACUUCGUCAGCGAAUGGAAAUGUACUACGAGCGUGCGGAGCUUUUGCUCGGCGUGGCCGAAGAGUCCGGCCUGGUGGAUAAACCCACAGCGGAGGGCGGCCUCCCCAUGGCCCCGCAUUUCCCCAGAGGCGAUGGUCACGUUGCGUCUUUCACCACGGUGGAAGCUUUGGCAUGCGAUUCUGUGAUGGGCAUUCCGCUCUCAGCAGGGGAAGGCAACUCCAACGUGCCACACACGGGGCCACCGAUGCAGUAUUAUUUCUCCGAGCCACCGCCGGUACCGCCACCGGCACCGCCGCCUGUAGAGGCCGAGGAUCCCCUGGAGGCAUUAAUCAAAACAAUGAGCUUUGAUGACGAAAAGAAGGAUUGA